CUGCCACGACAAGGGUUCUGUGUGCUUUAGGGGGAGGUGCAUGUGCGAUCCAGAGUUCACCUACAGUACGUCGGAACAGGCUUGCGUGAGAAAACCUGGUGGGAUGCGUCAGCCUUGUGUAAUUAAAGACCAAUGCUACAUUAAUGGUUCCGUGUGCUUCAAGGAAAAGUGCAUGUGUACCCCAGGUCUCAGCUAUCACAAGGCGGAGCAAGCCUGCGUGAAGAAGUGCAGCACAUAUGGGAAGACUAUGUCUAUAUAUGAAGGGUUGGCCAUAGCUUUCCACAACAAUGAAGAAAAACACAGGUACUCCCCGAAAAGUGUAUCGAUAGAUGUACAGCUACCACAGACUAUUUGUGUUUGAGUGUAGACAUGAAUCCCGCCCAUGCCACCUGCUAUCUCUCGAGCGAUGGGUAUCUUGACGUAAAUGAAG